GUUCUAGGGUUGAUUUCUUGAGCAAGAAGAAACUGAUUAUCUUCAUGUCUAGAAAGAAGGAGCUUCUGUCCUCAGCUAUGGAGAGAACUAGUGAAUGGAUUUCUUCUCAAGAAAUUCCUAGUGACGUCACUGUUCAUGUUGGAGAAACUUCGUUUUCACUCCACAAGUUUCCACUUGUUACAAAAUGUGGGUUUAUAAAGAAACUUGCUUGCGAAUCAAGCAACGAUUUGAACAUUACCGUUAUCAAAAUUCUGGAUUUUCCGGGAGGUGCAGAAGGAUUUGAGCUAGCAAUCAAAUUCUGCUACGACAUAAGCUUCGAGAUAAACACAGAGAACAUUGCGAUGCUACGAUGUGCAGCAGAGUAUCUAGAGAUGACAGAGGAACACUCUGUUGAAAACCUAGUGGAGACAAUAGAGGUUUACCUAAACGAAGUGGUCCUCAAGAGUUUAUCGAAAUCGGUUAAAGUUCUGCGAAAAUCUCAGGAUUUAUUGCCGAUAGCCGAGAGAGUGAGACUCGUGGACCGGUGUAUAGAUUCAAUUGCUUAUGGAGUUUGUCAGGAGAGCCAACGCAAUGAGGAUAUAGUUGACUGGUGGGGUGAGGAUUUAGCUGUUCUAAGGAUUGAUAUGUUUCGACGUGUCUUGGUCGCGAUGAUUGCUAGAGGGUUUAAGCGAUACUCACUUAGUCCAGUACUUAUGCUCUAUGCCCAAAAAGCUCUUAGAGGGUUGGACAUUUUUGAGAAAGAGGCAAAGAAGAUGGAGGCGGAACAAGAACAUGAGAAAAUGUUGAUUCUUGAAACAAUUGUGAGUCUUCUUCCGAGGGAGAGAAACUCAGUGUCAAUUAGCUUUCUUUCGAUACUUUUAAGAGCUGCGAUAUACCUCGAAACCACGGUAGCUUGUAGGCUUGAUUUGGAGAAGAGAAUGGGAUUGCAACUAAGACAAGCUGUGAUUGAUGAUCUCUUGAUUCCUUCUUAUUCAUUCAAUGGAGACAACACAAUGUUUGAUGUUGACACUGUUCAACGUAUCCUCAUGAACUAUCUAGAGUUUGAAGUUGAAGGAAACUCUGCUGACUUUGCUAGUGAUAUUGGUGAAUUGAUGGAGAGUUAUCUGGCUGAAAUCGCUUCUGAUAAAAACAUAAACUUGGCGAAGUUCAUCGGUUUUGCUGAAUGCAUUCCGAAACAGUCUAGGAUUACGGACGAUGGGAUGUAUCGAGCCAUAGACAUCUACCUCAAGACACAUCCGAAUAUAAGUGAAAUGGAGAAGAAUAAAGUUUGCAGCUUAAUGGACUUUAAAAAGCUAUCACGAGAAGUGUAUGCUCACGCAGCUCAAAAUGAUCGUCUCCCUGAAAUCUUAAGCGAUUCAGAUUCUCCAGCAGCAGAAACCGCAGAAGAAACUCUUCCUCCUCUUGAGCUCAGCUCCUACAAGAGUGAACUCUCCAAACUAAACCGGGAAAACCAAUACUUGAAGCUUGAGUUGAUCAAAGUGAAAAUGAAGUUCAAGGAGUUGGAGAAGGAGAAAGCUUUUGAAGUCAUGAGUGGUUCGGAUUGUUCUUCUUCGGUUUCAACUGCUUCGGUGGUUAAGCCUCGAUUACCGAGAAAGUCAUUCAUAAGCUCUGUUUCUCAAAAACUCGGAAAGCUUAUUAACCCUUUUGGCGUCAAACAAGGACAAACCAAACCACCUAAAAGCCGAAGACACUCUAUAUCUUGAACAAUACAUGAACACUUGUUCUUGUUUGGAAAUUUUCAAUUUCCAGUCAAUCUUGUUUCUUUGUUUUGAUUGUAUAGAGAGCUGAGAAUAUCUUUUGAAUUCCCUGUUGAGUAUAUAUAAUCCUAAGAAGAAAAAUCGAUAAAGAGCAAUUCUCAUA